GUCUUACCUCUUUCCUGUAUACUUGCAUUAAAGAUGCCACCUCUUCGUAGAUUUCAAUCACGGACGGCUAGGGAACAACGAGCUGCCAAUGCUUACCGAAUGAAAAUAUUUAGACAAAAACCUUCGACAAAAAACCAGCAACGCUAUUA